AAAUGGCGGAGGGCCCCCUGCGAAGGGGAAUGAUGGUCAUGGGCCGCAUUGCAAGCAUUUUGCCAACACGACGGACCAAAUCCGCCAUAACAGCGGAGCGAGUUGAAGUGGGGUGGAUAUGGUUUCACAAAGUAAAAUUUCUUCGAAUAUGUGGCGAGAACAGACCAGGUGACCACGGGUAAGCGUUGUUUCGUGUCGCCUUCUUUCUCACAGUUAUUUCACUGGAAUUUUCGUUUGUUUUCCGUACGUUGGACUGUCUCUUAUUUUACAUUCGCACAAAGGAGUCUUCUUGAAAGGAAUCGUUUAGUUUCUUGUUGAAAGGUGCGUUGUGACUCGACUUGCUCGAACAACUAAUUACUUUGAGGCACAAUGUGGCGCUCUUUACCAAGUAAGCUCUGUUCUUGACUGCCUUUCAAUCGUAAUCUCAGGGACAAGUUUCAGGAACUUUACACACGUUUGACCACGAGAAGCGAAAGUUGAUGGCAAAUCUGAAAUGUAAUUCACGUCAUGAUCGCCUUCUUCCGAUAUUCCCCUCUCUAUAAAAUCCCAAAUUAUCUUCUCCAUGUCAUCAUUUUCAGGUUUUACCUGCCUUUGUUUCCAUGGCAUCCCCCCAAUCAUCUCUUGCACCCCCUCUUCAUGUGCAACACUUGGAAAAAGCUCUCCGUUUGGAUCCUCUCCUCACUUACUUAGAGGGCGUCUUCACAGAUCCUUACUUGUCAACCAUAAGGUAAUAAAUGUGCACAAAUGAAGUAAAAAGUUUGGAAUUGUUGUUAAUGGGUAAAUCAAACUUGGCAGAGUAUGAAACAGAAUAGGCACAAGUGUAACAGGUGAGGAAGACAAAAUAAAGUUUGGACUUAAAUGAAGAGGCUUUGCCAAUCAUAAUAGAAAAUGCUCGUAUUAAUUCAGCUUCGAGUAACGGACGGCUACACCUCAAUCUGAUUGACUGUGAUAGAUUCAGUUCUUCCUGUAGAGUGAGAAUUGAACGUGAGCCAGUGCGAGGUGUUUAUUUAUACACCCUGGUUUUAAAUUUUUGUCAGAUAGUAACAUUUUCUUGGCAGACUUUCUCUGUUAGUGUAGCACUUAUCAUUCUACCAUUAAAAUUGUUUUUGGCAUGUAAUUGGAUCAACCAUAUUAGAUCCUACAAAACAUAAAAUUGCGAUAUAAUUUCAUUUGUUUACUUUUCAUGUUAAAUAAAUGGGAUGUAAAGUGAAUAUUCAAGGUUUGCCUAUAAUAGACAUGUAAACCAGUUUUUAUUCUGCUUGAAACCCACUCCACAGAUAUUCCAAGGUUUUAUAAUUCAUCGGUGUAAUGCCUAACAAAUGGUCAAAAUGUGUGCCUGAAAGUAAGGUGUCUUUGUGCAAGGCACUACAAAAGAGAUACUGGUUUAAUAAAGGGCUAUGAGCAGGAUUUGGAAACUUAAGGAAAGAUACAUUUGUUGAAUAUGAUGAAUGAUUUAAAACUAGCAGUGCCCAUGGACAACGUAAAGGAAAUUCUAUGUUCUGCUUGGUUACUUGAGCAGGCAAAACUAGCUUUGUAACUCUUUACAGUGGCCAAUUUAUGAUAUCAACUCAGUUGAUAAUGCUAAAUUACCAAUUGUCAUUGCGGCUGGCUUGUGAGUUGGUUUAAUAUAGAUAUGAUCAUGAGUGGGACAAGCAGUGGGCUAUUGGUGAAGUUUCUGAAUUCUGAAUAAAAAAUCUGGCGUUUGAGUUCUAGAAGGAAUCAGUGUGUUGUGUUUGCGUAAUAGCAGUGGUACAGGAGUAGCAAUACUCCUAGAUGCCAUAGCAGCCAUAAGGGGUGCAAUACUCCUGGUCACAAUGAUACAGACAGUUGCAAAAGCAACAAAAGGAGUUACAUGUACAAGACUCUUAGGCACAACAGUAACAAUAUGGGUGGCACUACUUCAAGUUACUCUAUGUUAUAGAUACUAGUUUAAGCCGUGAAAGUGUGAGCCACUUGCCUUGUGUUCAAAAAACCAGUGUGACAGAACUUAACUCGUAAUUUGAGACAUCUUGGUGGUUUUUUGUUUUUUUAAACUAUUCAAAAGGUCAUAUGAGGUGUAUUUGUAAGGAUAGAUUUGAGUACUACACAAUUUCCUGUGAGUCGUAUGCAGUGGUAAUUUUGUGAGGCAAAACUUGAAAUCUGAGAGCUUUGAAAUUCUUUUUUGUAGUGUCCAGGAAGAUUAAAUCAACUGUUUCUUUGGUGUUUAAAAUGAUGUUUACUUUUUCUUACUCCCUUAGUGAUGAUGAAAGUGAAUUAAGCGAUAAUGAAAAGGAAGUCUCCUUAAAAGGUGACAGUCUUUUAAAUGGCACCAGCAAUGGAUUAACGUUAAAUGGAUGUUUGAGUCAUGAUGGUGAGUUACUCUUUUGUUUUAGACCUUGUGAUGUAAAACUAAAGGUUGUUAAGUUCUCAAAAACUGGAAGAUUACACUACAGAUUCUAAAAAGAAUUUGACUUGACAUCUUGUUGCUAAAACAUGUAUGAAUUUCAUAUCAUUUAUGUGUAUCUUGAAAUCUUCUUUACAAAUUUUGUAUAACAAGUUGAAAACUCUGGGUUUGAACCUUUUAUAUGUUUGUUUAUUAAUAAAGAGAUAUAAUUGUCUUUACUAAGGUGAUUUGUUUUGUUACAUUCAGAGUUGCGAAUUGACAAAACAAGAUUGUACAACUUCAGUAAAGUGAAGAAAGAUAGGAGAUGGUUGAAGGUACUGGAGAACUUCUUAGUGAUUUUUUUUUACGUCUAUCAAGCACUUCAUCCCUUUUUAUCAGUCCCCAAUCAGUAAGAGCUGCUAGGAAGUCCUACAGCUGCACAUCUCUUGGAAACAGCUUAAAAAAGUUUUUAACUGCUGUUAGAGAGUGACAUAAAUAAAAUUUCUCCUUACAUUAUCAAGACAGUAUCAAGCAGACAAGUGAUAAGAAUAAGGAAAAAUAUCAGUCAGGAAGUUGUUAGUUGAUCCAAUACUAAAUUCUCAGAACUAAUAUCAUAAGUAUUGUUUGACAGACAGUAAGGCGAAUUACUAACGAGAUCUUGGAAGUGUCCUGAUAUCUUUAAUUGUGGAUAAUUUUUUUCAUUGGUUCAAAAUUUUUGUUUUUUUGUGUCAUACUUACUAUCACCCACAAUUAUGGGCCAAGCCAAAGGAAAAGUUAAAGUACCAGUGGGGAGAAAAUCAAAUUAUAACAAAGUUUCAUAGAAAAGUAUAUAAGCAUUUAUCCUUGUCUAGCUCUUUGGUGAUUGCCUCUCCCCCUCCCCCCUCCCCCUCCCGCCUACCAGCUAACUAUUACCAUAAGGUUUUAAUCCAUUGUAGGGAAAUUGUACUACGUCACAAAAAUUACUCACAACAGUGCUCCACAUUGCAAUUGUUUUGAAGCCAUGGCGAGUGAAAAAUAUAUUUGUAAACUAAAAUAAAGACAAAAGUUGCCAAUUGGCGAUCAACAGAUUUGACAACACGAAAGAGGCCAUAGAAAAAUUUAUCCAUCCUUGGUUGUAUUAUUAAACAAUUAAUUGCAUGUAAAUUUAUUUAUUAUGCUUUAGACAAUACAUAUAUGUCAUGUUUUGUAUUAGGAGGUGCUUCUGAGUGACAGUUCUGACACCUCAUGUGAUGAGGAUGAUGAGGCACCACUAACGGAAGAAGAUCUUCAGGAGAUGCUUUGGCUACACAAGCAACAAAAAGUUGCCCAACAGAUGUACCAUGUUGACAAAGAUGUAAGUUGUUUUGAUGGACAUGAUUAGGUGUACACUCCUUGCUGAAGCUCUUUUUUUCUAUGAGGAUGAACUAGUCAGUUUAGAUAAAUUAUAUUUGCUGCCAACUUAUCUUCAUAUGUGACAGUUUCUUUUCCACUGUUUCCAGCUUUCAAGAUACCAACAUUACAGUGCAAGCUUGCUUUCAGACCAAGACAAGUACAAUGACCAUCAGAAACAAGCUGGAUUAAAGAAGCUCAAAAGAAAGAAGUUGAAAGAUAGUAUGUACAUGUAACACAAGAUACUGAAUAGCUUAAACUCUUUACACCCUUACGUCAGUAUCCUUUUUUUGUCUUUGUUCCUAGUGAGGAGAAUUCCUUUAACAGUCAAAGCUUCUUAGAUUGGGGAUCUUCUCAUUUAUUCUCAUUUUUUUCAGUGAAUGAUUCAGUAGCAUAACUGUAAAGAGAAAUUAGAUGUUGGAAGACGUAGGAUUUAAAGGGAUAAGAUUUGGCAUAAUCUUAUUUUGAAGACCUGCCUUAAUUUCCACAGAAAAUAAAACCUGCCUAAAAAAAUUGUGCAAAAGUCAGUUCAUGUUCUGUAUUUUGGACUGUUUUGAAAUAUCCUCCUAUGAACAUGGUUAACGUUCAGCUUAGUAACAGAAGAGCAUUUCCUACCCCAAUUAAAAACAAUUUUUACAUUGAAAUCUAGCAAGAGAAUACUGGGCCAAUAAAAACCCUGUUUCUUAUCAAAUACCAUGUAGUUCCCCCUGUGUUGUGUUGCUUUCCUUGUAAUAUUUCUUCUAUGGGAGCAAUGCAUCACAGCACUUAAUGGCAGAAAUUUCUGUCAUCUUAAUAUACGGUUGUACCUGCCGAACACAGAUCACUGCCAGUCUGCAGAAUAAAUCUCUGGCAAGGUUUCCAUGCUUCAUGAUACAGUCCACUCUGUUGUGCAAGGAAACACAAGGUUAAUCAAUUCAGACCAACCUGUAGAGCAGUUGAAGUGAAUAGUGUUUGUACUCACUCAUGUCCAUUACUGCUGAUUUCCUUUAAACAAAUGAUUUGUAUGUUGUAGGUAAAGUAAAACUUUCAAAGGAAAAGAAGGAGAAGGAUAAAGUGAAAGUUAAAAAGAAAAAGAGGAAUUCUGAUGAUUUGGUAAGUUUGAGGCCAACAGCUGUUUUUCCAUUCUGAGGGAAGAAAAUCCAGUUGCUUUGUACUAUUGUACCCUGUGAGCAAAGGCAGCCAAUCUUUGUGAAAAAGUAUGGAUUUUCCUCUGCCCAGACUUCCUCCUUAGAGAAAUUGUGCCAAUUUUUUUUGUCACAAAGUUGUAGUUGGGUGGGUGCAAUGUUCAUGUGCAAGUCAAAGCAUGUUGUGGCAGCAACAAGGGGUUUCUGUCUCUCAGUGGCUUAUCUAGGAAAAUCAAGGUCCAGCACUUUUGCACAAUUGUGUGUUGACACCAUGUAGAGUUUGUGCUAAAAGCUCUAAUUGCAGAAAUCUCUGUUGAUAGGAUGAUGAUCAGAGGCAGCUGACAAUGGAAGAAAAACUUAUCAAGAGAACUCUGAUACGUCGCAAGGAAGCUGAUGCUAAACGGCGGAAACUGUGGGCUUUGAUAGUCAGGAAGGAGAUACCAAGGGUAUGCCAGAUUAUUUGGCUUACUGGUGUUUUGUGUGUUGGGUUUGCACUAUUUCCGUUUAUUAACUUACAUUGCUGUAUUUGGUUCCUGUUUCUUUAGGCUCAUAGACAAAAGUCUUCUGCGAGGAACAACAUGCUUCAAAACUGCAAAAAGGUGAGCUGAUGUUGCCCAUACUUGUAAGGGAACUGGGACAUAAACACAAAAGGCUCUGGUUUUUUGAACCAGUAGUCAAAAUUUUCUAAAAUAGGUAUUGUAAUUUUGUGAGUGGUCAUGACAUUGAACAAAUUUCCUCUCUGAUGUGGCUGUAAUAUUUCUUAGUUGCCUGACUGAUUUGAAACAGGCCUGGGGGUGGCUUGAUGCACAAAGUAUAAGUACCAUUUUUUUACUGAUGUACAAGGUACACUUGGUUAUAAGACACACCAUAAACUUUCAAGCUUGUAUGUAUCAUGUCUAGAUCAUGAAAUCACAUCUAUAAUACUUGGUUAUCAGAGGCACCCCAAACUACAUGCAAUUUUCAUACAAUUUUCACUCAUAUUUCAAUGUGAUUUUUCAAAAUUUGCUGAGUACAGACAUGCAUGUUUGUACACAAGAGCUGGAAACUUGCACAGAUCAGCUUUGUAAGAACAGAAGCCAAAAAAUCUCAACUGUAUUAAGAACAAAAGUGUUAACUUUUUUAUGUGAGUGUGGCUCCAUUUGGAAGACAGUCUCACCACACUUAAUCCUUUUACCUUCAUGAGAGACCAAGACACAAAUCCUCCCUACAAUAUCAAUACAAUAUCAAGCACACAAGUGAUGAGAAAAAAGAAAAAUAUCAGUUAGGGGAUUAUAAAUUGAUCCAAUACCAAAUUCUCCAAACUGACAUCACAAGAACUAAAUGGCAGAUGGUAAGGAGAAUUACUGAUGAGAUCUUGGGAGUUAAAGGGUUAACACAUGAACUCUUUAUUGCAGCUUGCUCAGCUGUGCCAGAAAGAGAUGCGGAAAGAAGCACAAAGAUCUCAGAAGGUUACUCAACAGACUGCUCCAAAGGCUAGGAGGCUCUCAAGAGAGGUAGAUUUUUGUGGGGCUUUGUCAAAAUUAAACAAUCCAUAUGCUAAAGGAACUCACUUCAAACUUUCUGUGGCAUAUUUUUUCAGUCUGCAUUGUAAGUGUAUUUCCAAAUCAACUGAUCUGAAAUGAACUAUUGUUUUGAUAAUUUUGAUAAUAUUCCUUUUUCAGAUGCUAGUUUAUUGGAGGAAAUAUGAGAAAGUUGAGAAAGAACACAGGAAAAGGGCAGAAAAAGAGGCCCAGGAACAACGGAAGCUGGAUGAUGAGUUCAGAGAGGUAACAGUGAUUGCUAGAUUUUUCAAACCAGGCUAAAAGUGCACUUCCUUUGUUGCAAUUACAACUGGAAUUGUAGGUGUAUGUUACCUUCCAGAAUUUCAUAUUAUGUCAGGAAUGGGUUAAAGAAAUUUUACUGUCAUUUAUUGUAUUAUCAUCGUUAUUAUUAUUACUACUAAUAUUAUUAUUAUUUGAUUUCCUAGGUACGCAGACAACAGCGGAAAUUGAAUUUCUUAAUCACACAGACUGAACUAUAUGCUCAUUUCAUGAGCAAAAAAUUGAAGGGUAGGUUUUCUUUUUAACAUACCAUGUUUUGGCAAAACUUCACUUUGCGACAAUGUUGAUUACAAUAUUUCAUCCAUGCUGGGAACUGUUUUAGCCACAAUUAGAGGUGCCUUGCAUUUGAAUUCCUAAUAGAACUCUACAUUAGCCAGUAGAAUUUGAAUCCCUGAUUUUUGUUUCAUUUAAGUUGAAAACUGCUUGGUUCAGGUUCAUUUAAGAAGCCAAGAGCAGUGCCAAGAGAGCAAGGCUUCACAAAACCUGCUGCCUGCCGCCUGCCUUUAUAUGUGAUGUUUUGAUUGCAGUUCAAUAUUGAAGCACCCUGUAAGUUGUAGUUUUAACAGGAAGUGUUCACUUGAAGCUUUGUUUGUAACCAUUUCCAGGUUCACAGCCUGAUGAAGGCACACAGGAGAUUUUGAGAAAAUUGGAUGAACCAUCAGCAAAACAGAGUGUGAAGACAGUCCUCGGUGGAGUGCUGAUUGAUAUGGAGAAUGCUGAUACAUAUGGUGAGAAAAUUGUGUGUGAAGUUGAAACAUUCAAUUGACAUGGGAAAUCACUCAAGUUUUAUUGCUGCUCAAACUAUUAUUUGGUUUCUCUCUAGAGGUGGUUGAAUUUUUUUGAUACAUUUUUUUGAUGUUGGAUUGUGUGCAAAUAUUUUAUUUCUUGUACACUAUCGAUUGACCAGACUUAAUCACACACACACACACAAAAAGAAAAAUCGCUUAGUGUAAGAAAUGAAGUCUCAAGCUCUUAGUACUUUUCCUUCAAAGACAAAUUUUCAUGAUCGUGAUUGCAAUAACUUCAGUCUGAUAUGAGAGUUUGGAUUUUGGUUCCUACAUGUUUACUGAUCAGUAGAGUAUUGGGCAGUUAAUAGGAAUAGUGGGGUAAUCACACUAUACAUCCUGAAUUUCUUGUCAUGAUAAUUUUUCAGAUGCUGAUGAAAUGAAGUCUCAAGCUCUGUCAAAUGCACAGAGAGCUAUUCAAGAUCAGGAGGCCAGGGUAUGAUGCUUAGUUGGUGGUCACGUCAUUGUGCUUAGACAGUUGUCAAUAUAUAAUUUUGUGGUCAGAAUGACUGCUUUUGGAUUUUUCCAGUAGUACCCUCAUAUCAUUUACUAUUUGGUAUUGGUAUCAAAGACUGUGCAAUUUUAUCUUUUCAUAAGAAUUUGCAAUGUAGGUUUGUUCUGUUUCCAUAAUUCAGAUAUUAGUCUUAAUGUCUAUGUUGUUAUGGGAUUUUUUUCUUGUAGACAAGAGAUUUUGAUGCUAAUUUCCAACAAGAAUCUGGUAAAAAGGUUUCAAUGUCACAAGCAUUUUGUAAGUCUGCUGUUGUUGUUUUUUUUCCACUUAUGCUCUGUUUUUGUGUAUAUGUGUAUAUUUUUGUUAACUAUUUUUAGGGUAACCAGAUGGGGUUAAAACAAAGAUAUUUGUAUCAAAAUUUUGAAAGUACCACAUUAUUACAUAAAGAGAUCAAUGUGAUAAUUUGUAAUCAAGGAUACAAUAUACCAGUAAUCCCCCAACUGACCAAUGUUGUUUAAGACAAGUGAGACUUGUAGCUGCCAGAGCCUUCCAAACUUCUGUAGCUUGAAUAAUAAGGAUUUUUGUAAAUCCCAUUUGGAAUGCAAGUUCAUGGCAGGUUACCUACCAGCAUCAUGCAGCACACCUGUCACAGUUUCACAGUUUUAUAGUACCCCUUUACACUUGUGGAUGGAUUGAGACAAUGUGGGAGUCAAGUGUAUUGCCCAACACUACAGGACUUGUACAUGUAUCCAGUCCUUCUAGUUUAGAGUUGAAGCGCUCAGGGCCGAGUUGUUAAAGGGUGGAUAAUUCUCUUCAACAGAUGAUAUGUUACCAUGUGGUUAAGUGUCAACUGAACAAACUGGGCUAUCAACUGGAUAGCUUUUUCUCCAGUGGACAGCAUUAUCCUCCUUCUGAACAACCGGGGGACAGAUCAUCUCUUACAGCUGGGGAUUACAUUACUGCCAAUCCAUACUCUUGGGAAAAAAAGAACUUGCAAGUUUUUUCAUUGGGAGUUAAAGCUAUGACCUUCUGUUGACAAGUACAUUAGAUUCAUUAAUGGAAAUCACCUUUUUUUUUCCUCUGUAGUUGACCAGAGUUAUAGCUUAGCAGAUCCCUCAAUAAACAUGGAUGAAGCUCAUCCACAACCAACAGUCUUUGAAGGAGAACUUAAAUCAUACCAGCUUAAGGUAAACAGCCAUGCUAUAACAUGUUCUGAGUUUUAAACUUACAUGUACUUAUGUUUGCCUGCUUAUUGAGUUUGGUGCCUGUGUCGCAAGUGGAGGUUGGGUGCCUAUGGGCCAGGGGGCUGCGACUGCAAUUACAACCCAAGGUGGAAGAACACCCAUAGGCCUACCAACCUGCAACCCAGCCACGAGCCCCCCCUGCACCCAGCCCCCCACUAUAGCACCUGUCAUACCGAGGCCGAAACAAGGGAAAAAAAAUACCAGGAAGGAGGGGGAGACCCUAAACCAAGAAAGCAGAGGGAGGGAGGGGAACCAAGAGAAACGCUACGCUACUAGAACACCACGCCAUGCCACACUAACAAAGCCUAGAGUACAAUGCAAUCAAAACGUAGGCACAUGGCUUGCGCAGGUGCCAAAGCAACAUACCACUGGACAGGAAUCUGCCCCCAUGCUCCUGAACAAUGGUAAACGCUACAAAUGCAACAGCACUACAAAUGGCCAACAUGCCACCAAAGAAUGCCAAAACACUCGAGACCAUAGCUCCUAGUCGUUAACUAGAUUAAUUAUGAUUUAAUAGUAUGAUUCUCAUGAAUAAUUUUCUUGUUCUGUGAGAAGUAGAGAAUUCUAUUAAAAAUUAAUCAUGUGAUGGAUCCUGGAAUGGUGUGCUCCCUUUCAAAUGCUAAUUUACUUUAAAUCAAUUUUCUUGCACAUUGAUUCUAUUAUUGUUACCAUUAUGCGAGUGUUUGUUGAGGAAUUCUGAUGUUAAUUUUAAGUGUUUUUCUCUGCAGGGAAUGAACUGGCUUAUCAACUUGUAUGAACAAGUAUGUAGUUGCUUGAUUUAAUUGUGAUUUUUCAUACCUACUUCAGGAAUUGAUGAUGAUGUUUCUUUGUUAUACUAGUCUAACUUGCCUGUUCUGGUUCAUCUGACAGGGUAUUAAUGGCAUUCUAGCAGAUGAGAUGGGUUUGGGAAAGACAGUGCAGUCUAUAGCCUUUCUCUCUUAUCUAGCAGAGGUUAGUUUUAUUGUGCACGUGAAAAUAUACACCAGUGAACUUCCUCUAUUGUUCUGAGUUGAAUAUGACAAGCUAAACCUGAUAUUUUUUUCCUUGGAAUGAUUGGAACAAAUUUGCCUUAUUUAAUAAAUAUAUGCACAACUAUUUUUCAAGUUGUUUAGUAUUUUCUUAGUCCCAUAAGGAUGAUGUGAACAAAAUGUCCACUUGUGUUACAUGUGAAACAAUUAUUUCAGUACUAUUUCACUUUCUAGUAUUUUGGUUUGUAAUUUUUGAAACACAUCAUACAGACUAACUAAGUGUAGUAUUGAUUGAUUAUGGCCAGUUCAAAAGAUGAAGACAACAUAAACAAAACUAUUGAAGUAUUUUAUGACCAACCAAAAUGUUAUGUGCUUAAAAGUUUGUUGCUUUAAAAGUCAAGCCAGAAAAAUGGAAUUUUUGUUGCUGUGCUAUCUGUUUGUGUUUUUGUUUUGUUUAUAUUCCAAUGCCCCUGUAUGGUAGAAUGGUGUAGAAGAGGAAUAAUAACUUAAGUUGUUACUUCAAAUGUGGUCAUUUUGAUUAUAUUGAUAGACACAUAAUAUUUGGGGUCCAUUUCUUGUGGUUGCUCCAGCCUCCACACUGCACAACUGGCAGCAGGAAGUCAGCAGAUUUGUUCCACAAUUCAAGGUAUGUGGGAGUUAAGUGUAUAGAAAAGGUGCAGAAACACUGUGAAAAGUGAUGCUUCAAGCCUCUAUAACUAAUAGUCAUGUUCCAGUUUUCAACAUUUGAAUGGAAGGAUUUUAGUGUCAUCCAAAUGAAUCUCAGUUUAAAGGCAAUGUGAUGACAAAAAAAAAUUGUUGAAGUGAGAGCAAAUAGUUGCUUCAACUAAAAUGUACAAAUCAAACUGAAAUGCUCAAGUCAGAUCUUCCUACAUGGAGCUGUUGCUUUUGAGCUUUGUUGAGGAGAAAUGUCUCCUAACAUAACUGAACUAUUGUGGUUGUAAUGUCAUGUUCAUUGCAUGUGCUACACAGUCAUAUUUCCAAUUUUCAAUUUUCAUUUUUACCACUGUGUUAUAUUUUCAUUUCUCCUUUCUCCAUUUUCUAUUUUCCCUUUUUUUUCAUUUCUCCAUUUUUCCAUUUAUUAAUUUACAAUUUCCAGGUGUUGCCAUACUGGGGAAACCAGGGUGACAGAAAAUCUCUAAGGAAAUACUGGACUCAGGUACAUUAUUUAUAUCUUUGACAAGGGUCUAAAAUAACAAUUAAAAAUUAGUCAGUUUAUUUAUUAUGAAUUAAUUUUAUUUCAGUGUCUCUAUGUUUCAUUUUACAAAGCUGCACUUGUUAUAUUUGUUUAUUUAUGAUGGACACAUUUUAAAAGCUCUUUAACUUACUUUUGACACUCAGGAAAAAUUUGAAGUCAGUUAUUCUUUAGAAUUUACCAUGAACAAGCAACUAAUUUUUCUCUCUUGUUUAGAACCAAGUUCAUAUAAAUGACUAUGAGAAUGCACCUUUCCAUGUGCUUAUAACAAGCUACCAAUUGGUAGGUAAAACAAACAGCAAGUGCCAAUUUAUUUUUUGGUCCAGGUUACGCAUCAUGGUAUUCCAAUUAUUUUGAAAUGACCGAUGACAAAAAUUAUAUCAUUAUGGUAUUCAAUAACAAUUUGAAAACGUCUCAACAAAAGAUUAUGUGUGUUUAGAGAGCUUUGGACAGACAUGUAAACUGGAGCACUUUUGUCUUCAUUGUUGAUUUUUAUGGGCUUAAUUAUACAACCACUACUCUAUGAUCUAUGAUGACGGCAGCCUGCUAAGCCCCAGCCUACUAUGCAGGAAGGCACGGGUUCAAGUUUCAGACCAGACCAACAAUUAGGGUCUUAAAUUAAUUGCUGCCUUUGCUAUGAUAUCUGCAAUUGGUUAGACAUUCUGGUUAAGGACAAUAAACUGUAUUUCUCAUGUCCUGCCUCUUCUCUAUACUGGGUAGCAGAACGUGUUAAAGAACUGGCACACUUCUUGCAAGGAGUAGGGAAUGUAACUCCUGGUGUUGUGGUCUGGGCUCCUAAACUGUUUGAGGCAGUCUGGCCAAAUGCCCCCUGCGAAGUGUUGCAAAGUGCAUUUAAGUAUCUUAUUGUGGAUAAUGCAGUACAUAAAUGCCUCAUCACUAUCAACAUCUCAUGUCUCUCAUUUAACUUGGUAAUAUAUAUGGCUAAUGGAUUGUUGUGUCCUGUUCAGAUUGUGCAAGAUGUGAGAUACUUUCAGCGCAUAAAGUGGCAGUACCUUGUACUUGAUGAAGCUCAAGCAAUCAAAAGUAGUGCCAGGUGGGAAAUGCUUGCAAAUGGCAAUUGGGUGUUAAAUGUUAAGUUGUGGUCUUGCUGUUUUAGCUCAAAUGUCCUGCAUUACUGGAGUCUUAAAAUUUGUCUAAUUUAAUGAAAAAAUCUUACUUUAUGUAACAGUGUGCGGUGGAAGAUUCUACUUGGUUAUUCAUGCAGGAACAGACUUCUUUUGACAGGAACACCCAUUCAGAACAGUAUGGCUGAGGUUUGUGUUAUCAGUAGCUACAGUGUUACCUUCCGCUUAUUUUGUGGUGCAAUUGUCCUAGGUGUAUCUUUUACUUCUAUCAUUAACCUUUAGUUGUUUUGUUAACUCUUUCACCUCCAAGAGUGACUUGCAUCUAAUUUCUCUUCACAAUAAUUAUAUUAAUACCCUUUUUUUCUUUAUCUGUACAUUUUUGAGUUUUCUAAGUUUAUUAUUUGUUGGGAGAACCCCUCUGUGAAGUUCUUUUGGUGAAUUGGGUAUCCUCAAUAAAGAUUUACUUUAUUAUGAUAUCACCCCUGAGGCACACAGUAAGGCCAUGAGAAUAAAGGAAAUGAUCACCAACUAAAAAAGCUCUUGUUAUACAAAUUUUCCUCAUCUUCACCCAGGAAAAUGUAUGGAGAACAGUAUAGAGAAUAUGCAUACUGAUAUUAGGAUGUAAAGGGUUAAAAUGUGGUCAUUUUGAUUACAUCAAUAGAUACAUAAUAUUUGGGUGCAUUUCUUGUUGUUUCUUCAGCCUUUUGACUGCAUAAAUGGCAGCAGAAAGUCUCGUUGUCAGCACCUUAGCAAAUGUAAGGGGAACAGUCAGGAGAAUACGCAUAGUGAUGUUAGUGUGUAAAGGGUUAGACGUUCAUGUGUCCACUUUACUUUUUUUUUUCUAACAGUUGUGGGCACUGCUUCACUUCAUAAUGCCAACCCUGUUUGAUUCCCAUGAGGAGUUCAAUGAGUGGUUCUCAAAGGACAUUGAAAAUCAUGCAGAAAAUAAGUCAGCUAUUGACCAAGGUAUUUCACAGAUCAGUACUGAGUGUUCAUAUGCUUCAGAGUGUACCACAAACAGUAUUAUCAUAGUGAUAUCAGAUCUAUUACUUUACCUUUCUUGAAUUUCUCUUUUCCUUCAACUUGCUUCGGUUGAUCUGUUGUGAAAAGUAUUCACAAUUUCCUUUUUCAAAUUUCUCUGUUCUUACCAUUUGUCUCGGUUGUUUGUAUUUAAAGUGUUCACAAUUUCCUUUUUCAAAUUUCUCUGUUCUUACCAUUUGUCGCGGUUGUUCUGUAUUUAAAGUGUUCACAAUUUCCUUUUUCAAAUUUCUCUGUUAUUACCAUUUGUCUCGGUUGACCUGUAGUUAAAGGAAGUCACAAUAUCCUUUUUCAAAUGCCGCUGUUCCUUCCAUCUGUCUCUGUUGAUCUGUUGUUUAGAUUAUUCACAAGGUCCUUUUCAACUUUCUCUGUUCUUUCCAUUUGUUUUUUAGACCAACUUUCAAGACUUCACAUGAUCUUAAAACCUUUCAUGUUAAGGAGGAUUAAGCGCGAUGUAGAGAAUGAACUUUCUGAAAAGGUAAACGAGCUGUUUUGAACAUGCAUGGCUGAGUAAGUAACUAGUGACAGAGUUGUCUGUCAUACCAGUAGGUUUGUAAACCUUUUAACGCCUAAGGGUGUCUAUCAUCUAAUUUCUUCCAAUAAUAUUACCCCUGAAUCACAUACUAAGAUCACGAGAAUAAGGGAAAUGAUCACCAACGACUGAAAGAAGCUCUUGAUUGUCUAACAAAUUCUCCUUGUCAGCACCUUAGGAAGUGUAUAGAGAACAGUUUGGAGAAUAUGCACACUGAUGUCAGGUUGUGAAGGGUUAAGUCUAAUAGCCUUUCUGAUUCCAGAUUGAGAUCAAGCUUGUUUGUCAUCUGACUACAAGACAAAGAUGGCUGUACCAAGCCGUGAAAAACAAGAUUUCCAUCGAUGACCUCGUUUACACGUCGACAUCUUCAUCAUCCACCAGCGCGACAACAAGCAGUUUGAUGAACCUGGUCAUGCAGUUCAGAAAGGUAAUGCAAAAGAUUUAACCGAGUGACACUGGGAACCACUGAACUGCUUGGGAAGGUUUUGAAAUCCUACCUUGUUGGAUAAGUCAUAGUAGCGUGUGUAAAAUUUGCUCAAAAGAUGAUGUUUUGUCCGUUCUAUUUUCUAAUAUAUAUCAUUGUAUAUAUUAUUUUUCUAAUAUAUAUUAUUGUGUUUUCUUCAAUGUGAUGACCACAUUUUGUUUUGUAGGAGAGUUUUUCAUGUUUCUCGCACUAAAAAUUCCCAAGUGCUUAUAUAACUCAAUAAUGCUCGAGGAACAAUUUUUUUAUUUAUUUUAUAAAAUGUAUCGUGAAUUGCGCGCGCUCGUACCGAUGACGUAGGCUGCGUGCAUUAUAUCUCAACAGUGCACUUGUGUGACGUAAGGCGCGUGCUUUAUGGAAAUAUAAUGAGCUCGUUCUGACCAAUCACGGCGCACGCAUUUCUUUGAACAUUUUAACGUUCAACUUCCUUUCCGAAGUUGUUUUGGUAUGAACUUGGAUAAACGUUGUUGCGUGCUAUUAAGUGAGACGUUUAUGGUUUGAUGUGAUAUGUCUUCACGCUUCGUUCUGUUAUGGUUUGUUAUGUUAUGUUGCGUUUCGGAUGUUUCACUUUCACGUUCUCAAGUAAACAGAUCGAAAUAAAAAGUAGGGAAUAAUUCUUCGGAUUCUGUUCCCGUUGAAAUACACGACAAGCACUCCCCUCUUUUGACUGUUGCUCUUUUGCUCCUCUCAGGUCUGUAACCACCCUGAACUGUUUGAGAGAAGGGACGUUCGCUCUCCAAUUCAUGUGGAAAUUCCAUCAUUCCAUCUGCCAAAGCUUAUAUUUCGAGAAGGUACAAGGUGCACAUGGCCUGUAGUUAACCCUCUAACUCCCGAGAGCUGAUUUUUAAAUCCCCAUCUACCUGCCACACAUUUCCUUGUAAAUCAGUUACACGAGUUUAGCUUUGAUUUAAGUAACAACUUCUAUCUGAUAAGUUUGAGUAUUCUCAUUACCUGUUUGCUGGAUAAUGUGUGAAUGUGAUGGGAAGAAAGUAUCAAAGGGUGUCAACGGGUUAACUUAUGUACUAUUGCCCAAAUGCUGGUUUUUAUGAUGAAACACAAGCACUAUCAGAUGCAAAAACGUAUGCUGAUUACCCACAGGCUUGAUGAGGCUCUGUUUUGAGAAAAUGUGGGAAGGACUUGAAAUCAUUUCAGAAAGAAAUACUUAAGUUUUGAAAUACGACACAACAUACAUGUACUCUGCAAUUAUGGGGUUCUCAGCCCUCGCUCUAAAAUCAAUCGUUCUUACAUUAAGAAAAAAAAGAUGCUCAUUUCGAAGAGAAAGUGUGCCAUUUGUCGUUGUUUACUUAUUUGUUUGAUAACUUGAAAUUUUUAGGCAUCCUGGAGUCUUCUUCACCCGGUAGAACGAAGUAAGUAAUAAUUCCCCGUGCGGAAGUUGUCUUAGCAGCAAUUUAAUUUUUGUUUUCUUUUUUUGCUGCACCGAAUUAAAAGAAACAUUAAGUCUUUGUUAAAGCUUUAAAUCCUUUUUAUACAAACCUAUGUGAACGUUUAUGUGUUAGCGUCUCGUCGCCUUUUUGCCAGACGACGCCAUAGCUGUGAAUCAGAUAGCAAAAGAGAAAAGAAAGUUUGAUGUGUGAACAGAUUCUCACAGCUUCUGUCAAAGAAAUAUAUGUCCAUUAGUUGAGAGAAUUCAGGUUUUUAGGGCCUGGGUAAAAUAUGAAGCCCCUUGCACCUUAUUUUCCCCUUUAACUGAAUUAAAUAACGUUUUCUGCAGAAUCCUCUACAAUCUGCUGAAUAUCGGAUCCGAAGAGUACAUUCAUCAUUCUUUGUAUGAUAGUCACUCCUCAGGUAAGUGGGGCAUAAACAACCUCCUUUUCAAAGGAUAAUUCCAACCAUAACUUGCGGUGCUUCUAAAAUGACAUCACAGAUAUUUGCGCAGUAGUAUUCCAUUGAUUUAAGUUUAAUCAAGAUUAACUCAUGGUCCCAUUAUUUUUCUUCGGUUUCACAUGAUUCCCUCAGGCCUGUAAAGGAACCGGAACUUUUAAGAAACGGCAACUUGAAACUUGUCUUCUAACAGAGGCUUUAAAUUAAAAAUGGAUAAUUUGGUUUAAUCAACCGAGCUGAUAAUGUGAAUUUGGCUGCGCAAGAAUUCGCUCUGACUCGCUCUUAAGGGCUAACGCCCGACUGAAACGUCAGCUUUAUGAACUCUUUUCAGUGGCCAAUUUACAUGAACUACUCAGUUGAUAAAAUCAAAUCAUCUUGUUAUUCCCUUACCGACGCAGCACCUCAGUUUCUUUAAAAACUUUAACCCCUUUAUUCAUUUUUUUGUUUACGCCUUUCAGUGGAAAUCCUAGCCUUGUAAAACGAUUCACUUGAUUUGUCCCGUGUCUCUAUCUUGUUUCUUUUCUGUCAGGUCCUCCGAGUGACUGCUUUUCAUUUUCAAGAUUUAUCAAUUUGUCCCCAGCACAAUUAUCAGCUUUGGCUUUGAAGGGACUCGUGUAUAGGUGAGCCUUACACAUCUUUGAACCUAGGAAAAUUUGUUGAAAUGCUAUGUAGCUUUUUAGAUUUUACUCCUUUUGGAUAUACGUAGAUGUGAAUGCUGUGUACUGGAAAACUUUGUUCGAAUUCAUAUGUUUUCCCUCGUUACUGUUCGCUUUUUAAUGAUGUUUGUACACAAUAGUCACGCACCUAUACCGUGCUUAGUAAGCAAAGUGCUGCUAACUUCCGUAAGGCACUGAGUAACUCGUUAGAAAUUACUAUUGCUAAUGGUUUCUUAUUUUCAAAAUUCAGGUUGUUCACUUUACUCGUUCUUCUAAAGGAAAUUACUAUUCUUCAUCAUCAACGAUUUUGGGCCCAAGACAAGCUGAGGAGUAGGUGGGUUGCGCAACUUCGUAAUACAAUACUUUUGUCUCCUUUUAGUAAUAAUUGUUUCAGCAGUUUAUUUUGAGCUUCACUCUCUUUCUCUUGCAGGUGUUUGGGUCGGCAUGAUCUCAUCAUUUGGCCAGAUUCCUUCACGUCCUUUCCGAGCAUCCGGUCCAGUUCAGUGCUUUCCUCGUUGGUGUUCACUGGCUACACCUCACGAGUGUCUUCCCACGUGACUCAUAAUGUUCAGGCCAUUUUGGACGAUGACGAUCGCAAUCCUGCAAGGAGCAAAGGUAAAGAGGCUCUGAAAGCGACGAGAACUCGACGGAUAUCUAGCAGCCGUGCGGUAUCGCCAACUUCCCCAUCAAAGAGGAAAGAUGCUCGUCAAAGAGGCCAGCACCCACACCACAGCGUCAUAUCUCCGACUGGGAAGCUCCCUCCUUCUCCUCUCAAACAUUCCCCAACAGGGGCGUUUUCUCCAACGAAACAUUAUGGACACUCAUUCUUCCCUGCGCAGCUUUCACCUUCCAAACAUCAUCAUAGUGUACCGCUGUCACCUUCAUGGACUCAGCAAAAUCCGCAUGGGUCCCACUCGGGAGAUUUGCAAAUAGGAGAGCACCAUUCUUCGUUAGGACACGUGCCGCCCACUCACCCAAUACAAGGAUCUCCUGCGAUACAUUCCCCGCCCGGACAUGGCGGAACUCCCCAGCGGUCUCCCAUGGGACAUGUAUUACCCCCGCUACAAUCGCCUCCAGGGAAAAUGGCUCCGCCAACAUCUGUAUCAUCUGUGCAGCACUUGCAUCCCUUCUCUCCCACGAGGUAGCGAAAAAGAAUCUUUUGAUUAUUAUUAUUGGAAACGUUCGCUUUAUUUCAUGAGGAUCACAUUUACCCCUUUUCCAUGUCCAAGACCCAUUAGUUUAAGCAGCCUCUAUGAAAAAAAAAUUAGUCGUGUUUGACAAAACAGCUGUAAAACAUGUGCUAGGUUUGGUGUGAAUGGGGUAUUACACAGGAAGCCAUGACGACUAAUCUUAGCGGUGCUCAUCUGCUUUAUAGGCAUGGUUCAUCGCUGCCGAUGAGUUUACCCGAAGGAUUUCAAUUGAACACUGCACCCAGAGUGUAUCCUAUAGACAGAACACUGCAGCCGACAAUUCUGCCACCAUUUUUGUCGACAUAUAUACCGAGGGUAAGUAAAAUUUGCGAACGAGAAGCUGGUCAGUUGCCUGUUGUGAGUUACACGAAGUUUGCGUGCCUUUGCCUAAAGCUUGAAGAAACUAAUGGUAACUUUGACUUGUUGAGUUCAUAUAAGAAUGUUGAGUUGUUCAUGAUCUUUUGCAAUCCCUCCUCAGGUAACGGCAGGGACUGAUGUUUAUCGCUGCAGUGAUCGCAGUGCCGCUUACGAGAUUCAGAACUUGUUACAGGGGGGUUCAGAACUGUACAGGAACCUCUUGAUGUACGGCACUCCAGAUCUUGAACACGUCAGUUACGUGAAGAAGCAUUUGUUCCCUGCUCCUCUUGGCGGGCUGGAGGCUGCCACUCCUCAGAAUGGAUGGACCUUCGUGCAAAUUCCAGGUGCGUUGAAAAAUUCCUCUGAAUUCAUUCACAAUUUUUUUUGACAUUCAGUUCACGGACUUGUGACUGUGCUUUACUCAAGUUUUGAAUAAACGUUCCUCAACUCUGAUUGGUUAUUGUGAUUUCGAGCAAUUUUCAAUCGGGUGUCGAAAGUAUUCCGAGAUUGCAUUGAUUUUGCUUUUCUUGGCCCAGCAAACCCGCUCCACUCUCUCAGCCAAUCAUAUGCAAAACUAAAAGUCACGACUUAGUCACCCGCGUUUUCCCGCGCUUUACGCAGUUUGUUUGUUUUACUUUGAGUUCUUACUGGCUCUUAAAAAAGGUAUUUUUCUUUUCGUCUGAUGAGCUGUUUUGAUGACUUUGGUUUUGGUUUUGUGAUACUCAAUCGAAAAGCGGUUCCUAUUCUUCGUUACUCAAACGAAAAGUGAUUAUUUUACCACUGAAAGCGCGAGCACAUCUGGUUUUUCUUGUAGACCGUAAUUUGUUGAUCACAGACAGUGGUAAAUUAACUGUUCUGGACGGACUGCUGACCAAACUGAAGAUGCAGGGACACAGGGUGUUAAUCUAUUCACAAAUGACGAGGAUGAUUGAUCUUUUAGAGGUUGGUUUGUUGAUCUUGUAUAGCGAGAGAAAUUCGCGUGGACAUUUUGCGAGUUGCGUAGUAUUUUUUCGAAACCCCUAACAGCGAAAAACGGAAACAACACAAACGAAACCAUGAAAGUGUUACCUGUGACCAACAAGAGUUCGUUGGUUACACAUUCAGGUCUAAAAAGGGGAAAAAUCAAAGUUUGGAUCGUUCAGUACAGCAAUUUUGCAGCUCCGCUUCCGUCUGUAUUUUUGCCCUGUUGUACAUUGGAAUGAUGUCGCAUAUUCUUGCGUAUUCAGUUGCCCUACUAAAGUAAAUUGGUGUAAUAGUAAACUGACAAGCUCUCUUAUCUUGCGAUUUUUUUUCAUGUCAUCCAUGUAUGUUUCUUAAUUAAAUUAUUUCAAUACUAAUAAAGAAAACAUUUCACUUUAAAUUUACAUUAAUAUGAUAUACUAUUAAAAUUUACCAACUAAAUUAUUGCCAAGUUCUUGCUAUCAGCAUACAAGGAAGUCUUCUUACAUGUUAGUGAGAAUUGAUGAACCAUCAUUUGAUGUGUCUGUUACAGGAGUACAUGACUUACCGUAAGCACAAGUACAUGCGACUUGACGGUUCAUCGAAAAUCUCAGACAGGAGAGAUAUGGUGGCUGAUUUCCAGUCUAAGUAAGUAAAUAGAUGAAUGAAAUAAACAGAUGUGAAGCAGAUGCGUAUUCACUCAAGGUUCCUUGUCUAUUUAGAAUUUAAAGUGUGGGGUUUUUUUGGAGGAAGGAAAACCUGAAACUUAUAUUCUUUUUACAGCAUUUGAAGUAUGAACUCCCCUUUUCUGCUUCAUCGGCGAAUGGUAAAUAUCGUAGUUCUGACAGAGUUCCAAAACGUUUCUCUUUCAGUGCGGACAUUUUCGUGUUUUUACUGAGUACACGAGCAGGUGGUCUGGGGAUCAAUCUUACAGCUGCGGAUACGGUAAGACAACUAAAAGAGGUCAUCGUCAAUGAGAAAACUUUGGAUGGCUGAGCCAUUCUAAAAGCACCAACAUCAGUAUGCACAUUCUCCAUACUACAGUAAAUGGUUUGAACCCGGGGGUAACAUGUAAUAGUGCAGUUUGAUCGUCCGGGUGAGUGUAGUCCUGAGAAGGACUGUUGUCGGUAAUGGUGACUGACGUUUCGACAACCUGAGCGGAAGUCAUCAUCAGAGUCAAGUGACUCCUUCUCCAUACUGUUCUCCACAUAUUUUCUUAGUUGCCGAAAAGGAGAUGUGUUUAAAAAUCAAGAGCUUCUCUUGCCAUUGAUCACUUCCUUUAUUCUCAUGACCUCAAUGUAUGAACCAGGACUGAUAUUGUAAGGAGAGAGUAGAUAUUAGUCACUCUAAGGGGUUAAAGGAUUGAUUGAAGUAUGCAGUGACCGCUUUGUCUCUGGUUCUUUCACGUAGGUAAUUUUUUACGACAGUGACUGGAAUCCUACAGUCGAUCAGCAGGUAAAGUGUUGUAAAGGAAUAAAGUUGUUGUUAGAAGCGUUUAUCAUUUGAAAGCAGGUUAGGUAUCAGUGUAUAACAUGGUAAUUUAGUUUUAUCACCUGAGUUGUUAACGUAAAUUGGCCAUCGUAAGGAGUUUAAAAGAUGACGUUUCGAGCGUUAGCCCUUCGUCGGAGCGAUUGGGGUAACACUCGGAACUAGCAACUCAGUUGAUAAUACUAAAUUACCCUGUUAUACUCUCCUACCGACACAGAACCACGGUUUCUUUAGCUGUGUGAAUGUUGAAAUUGAAGGAGUUUUAGUAUGUGAUUGUUGUACUGUAGCUGUGGUAUUGUUGCAGUGUCGCAUCUGUUGUACUGUCUAUCUAUCGUAAAAAAUGAAAAGAAAAAAAAGAAGAGAUUAUAAUUUAGAACUUAGUUUUUACUUGGUAAUACGAUUAGUGAUGGUGUUUCAAUGUAAAAUCAUCAAGAAAGUCAUCAGUGUAGAACAAGAAGGUUUAAUACCUGCAGUCAAGUUCUAUCGAUGUUGUAAUUAAAUGAGCUUUUGAAUUAUACUUCAGAAGGAAACUUGCAUGUCAAAGCCAUAUAGAUAGAUCAACGAAUCGCACAGGUUUUUCAAGAGAAAUUAGAUGUUCGUUGGGAAGAAGUUUUUGCUAAUUUUAAAUUUUAUAUAUUGUAUUUUCUUGUGUUCAGGCCAUGGACCGCGCUCACCGCCUGGGGCAGACUCGACAAGUGACCGUGUACAGACUGGUCACUAAGGGUUCUAUAGAAGAGAGGAUUCUUCAAAGGGCCAAGGAGAAGAGCGAGGUUCGUAUUGUUCUUGAGUCGUUAAUAUAUCGUCGUUUCCAGUGACUCUUGGCCGAAAAAAAAUCAUGGGAAGAAAAUUGCAAGUCAGACUCACUAGAUCACAGGAGAUAAAUUGACUACAUGUAAUCAUUCUGUGGAUUUUAUUCUACCCUUUUCAGAUUCAGAAAAUGGUGAUUUCAGGCGGGCAUUUCAAGCCUGAAGCUCUUAAACCUAAAGAAGUGGUAUCUUUGCUUCUUGAUGAUGCUGAACUGGAGUGCAAAUGUAAGUCUGUGGAACUGAAGUUGUGUGAAUGGUGGUGUGCUAUCAGUUAACUUGUGGAAAUUAUAUUCCGCUUAAGAUGAUAACCUGCAAAGACACUGACCCACGUACGGUGGUCUUGUUGUUGCUCGCUGUUCACAAGCACGGUGUUCGCUCUGUUAAGGGAGGGGGAAGCUUAUGCGGCUUGUGUCUUCUGAGCUGACUCGUGCACUCUUUAUGAUCUCUCCAGUUCUUCAGCGGCAAGCUGAAAAGAAAGCUGAUGAACAACGGCGAAGAAGGGAACGAAAACGAAAGAAGACGGGGCCAGUUGAGGUUUGUAUGCCAACUUAUAAACAUACCUUUGUUUUCUGAAUCAAAAUCUGACCCCCUCCUCUCUUAAAAUUACUGAAUCCUUCCUUGGUCCCUCCCCAUCCUGCAAACUGUUAAAGAGACUUGACCAGUACACGGGGGAGCGGUUACCAGCGAUCCUCUUUAUCAAUUUGUGUAACAAAAACCUGUACAAGCUCUGCUAGCCAUUCUCAGACUAUAACUUCUUAAAAUUAACUGCGCUUUGUUCACCAGUUGGGUGAAGGCUUAUCCCCGAGUAUCGAAGUCACCGAUGGCGCGCCUCCAGUCAAGGCUAAGAAAGGCCGUAAGAGCAAAAGCUCGCUGGUCCCACCUGCACCUGAAGGAUCCAUGUCGGGAUCUAAACCCGCCUCGGAGACCAGUAGUAUCACGGGAGAAGGGCUGAGUAUUAAGACAGGUGACGCGUAUGAUGGCGACGGUACCGUAGGGGAUGACAUCAGUGUGCUGAGUCUAGAUGAAGGUAAGCUGUUACUCUUAUGCUCAAUUUCGCAUUCAAAGGACGAACUUCAAUUUAAAAUUUGGGUGGGUUUUUUCUGAGGGAAACGCCUGAUGGAUGAUAUGAGUGUCACCCCAAAGCUGCAAAACUGGCUUGGAGUUAGAAAAGAGCUGUGAAAGGCAUGGCUCAACUACCAGAGACAAACUAUCCAUGUUUUUGUUUUUCCUUUUUUGUUAUUUUGUUUUUUCGUUUUUUUCAACUUUGGUUAGGUAGUCAAUUAAUCAGAAUAUCUUGCCGUUUGAACUUCUUGGUAAGGCGUAAGUAACAUUCACAAAACAUAUUCUUAUCAGUUCUUAUCAGUAAACUCUCAUCUUUUCGUUGCUAGUGUCGUUGGCUUCUGGUGAUCUGUCAGUCGAUAUACCUCCAAGCAACACAGAGACUCCUCUGAGCUUGAAACCUGACGGAGAAGACUUGGAUGAUCCCCGAAGCGAAAACGCCAGUCCAGCCCUGUCUGAUUCCUCUGGAAAAAGAGGCAGAGGCCGCGGUCGUGGAAGAGGAAGGGGACGAGGAAUCACCUCUAGUAGGGGACGCGGGAGCUCCAGUGUUCGAGGAUCCCGCUCUCGGGGACGUGGACGAGGAACUGGUGGAGCCCUUGCUGCCUCUGCUGCGGCAUCAGCAGCUGCAGCAGCAGCAUCAGCUGCAGCAUACGCCGCCUACGGCUUCUCUUUCCAAGGGACAAGUACUCCGAACCCCACCCCACCGCCGGCGCGGUCCAGUCCAGUGGCAUUUGGUGCCGGUGGUUCUGCCAUGCAGGGGUAUGGCAACAUCAGUCAUCCAGUGGCACGUUAUGAUAGUUCGUCAGCUGGAUAUUCACCUGUUCAAAGUGCAGAAAACAGCCCGGCUAGAUCUUCAUCUCACGCGUCUACGCGCAUUAACAGUCAGCAGUCUUCACCUCCGUCAUGAAAGUUUUCGUGAUCUGUGCUAAAAAUUUGAAAGGCUUCAAAAGUGAACUGUACUAAGUAGAAGAGCAAGGAAAUGCAAUAUAUCGUCUGGUCGAGUCAUGCUGCUUAACAAUCAAGCUACUGAAGAAGUCUUAAAGAGUAAAUGCAUUGUUUUCCUUCAUAGAAUUUUCUUAAUUGCACUGAUUUUCAGUACUAAAUUGGACAGGGAAACUUUAUCACGUGAGUAGCUUUUCGUGGAGGAAACUGUGCUAUUUACAUGCAUCACGAUCUUUCCCUCUGGAAAACACAGUAUGGUGUAAAUAGUUAAUUUCGGGAAUGGCGAGUCAGGUCAAAUUAUUAAUCUUGAUUUCUAUCCUACCUGUUUUAAUUGUUGGUACACCGAGAAAGUUAAAAAAGAUCAUCACAAUUAAUACUACUGUAGCUUCAUUCGAUCUCUGCAUGUCACAGUCCUAUCGUCUCCUUUGUCACGCGAUGCUUAAAAUUUCGCGUGACAUCAUAAAAUGAUGGCUGUGUGACAUAUUCUGUGCUUGAAUAAAUAUCCUCACCAUGGUGGGUCUUGAUUCUUUUUAUCCACAAUGAAAUGUCAAUAAAUUUAUUUAACUAC